AUGAACACUAUCAAGUCGUUUUGGCUGGGCUGGGGCUCCCUGUGCGUCGCCGGUGCCGGUGCCUACUACUUCGCCAAGAAGGAGAUCAACGCAGACCGCAAGGCGAAGCUUGAGGAGGCCCGUCGGAAGAAGUAUGAUAUACGCUCGUUGGAAUACUCAGCCGGUCAAACUUCGUCCGCGACGUCCGGGACGGCCAACGGCGCACCCGCCAGGACCGACAGCGUCGGCUCGCCGAGCCAAGAAGCCAGCAACGAUCCCGCGCCGACGAGGCAUGCACCUGCCACCGAAUCCGAACGCGUCGCGGAGAAGAGUAAAUAUGAGAGCGAUACACCUUAUCGCAGCCGGAAGGGCGAUCGGUUUUCGUGA